ACGUACAUCAUCUGUUUCUGUUGUCAUUAAACCGGUUUUGACUGGAGCUGGAGCAUAUAAAUAAUGUUAAAGCGCUCGUGCUGUUUUUAUCUUUAGCGGAAAUUCAGUGCAAAGCUAUAGACAGGUUGGUUGUGCGACAAUAGAUUCACAUCGCUCAAAAUAAGAAUAUCUAUCUAAAAAUUAUGACACAUAUGCCGUUCAAUUUUCUUCUUAAUGGCAUAUAUUAUAAGAUCUGUCCAAUACAUCUUAAAGUGCACUUUGCUAAUCAAGACUAACUGGCAUUAAGGUACAAAGUAAAAUACUAGGACCUAACAGCAAACAGUGGGAGUGGCCUUUUCAUCAGGAAGGGAACAAAUUGAAGGAGCCAGCUAGGGGUGCAGAUUAGGAAGUGAGGCAGGUUACCUGCCUGGAUUGAUCAGGGUCUUCUACCCAGGAGACUGAGAAGCAUAGCUUCUGAUUUAUGGAACUAUAAGAGAGACCUUACAGCCUAACCCCAAAGAUGACAAAUCAGAGCUCCGCAAAGGCAUUGGACGGUGGCUGGGGCUGGGUCAUCGUGGUGGCAUCUUUCUUCUGCCAGUUUCUGGCCUAUGGAUCCCCAAUGUCUGUUGGCGUGCUGUACCCAGAAUGGCUGGACACUUUCAGACAAGGCAAAGGCAUGACUGCGUGGGUUGGUUCUCUGGUAUCUGGGAUCGGGUUGAUUGCAAGUCCUAUUUGCAGUGCCUGCGUGACAAAUUUUGGAGUCAGACCAGUCACAGUUUUCAGUGGGGUUGUGGUGUCUGGCGGCCUGAUGCUAAGUGCAUUUGCUCCCAAUGUCCAAUUUCUGAUUUUCUCCUAUGGAAUAAUUGUUGGUAUGGGAUGUGGUUUGGUAUAUGCUGCUACAGUGACCAUCACUUGCCAGUAUUUUGACAAGCACCGAGGUCUUGCCCUUGGAAUAAUAACAACAGGUACAAGUGUCGGAGGUUUUAUUUGUGCAACUUUUCAGCAAGUGCUUGUGGAACUGUAUGGACUUGAGGGAUGCUUGCUAAUAAUGGGAGCGCUGGCACUCAAUAUUAUGGCAUGCGGGGGUCCAAUGAGGCCUUUGAAUUUUCCAGAAUACUUCCUGAAGCAGAAAGCAGCACUAGAACGCACGACAGAGCUCAAAAAAGAUACACACCAUGAGAAGCCUCCUAUCAAAGAAGAAUCCAUCAACAAAAAUACUUUAUCGAGUGUGGAAAAAGGGUUAACAGUGCUGAUGAGUGACACUAAAGACCCUUUAUCUUACGAAAAUAGCUUCCAGGGACGUUCUUCUCUUGUAAAAAUGAUCAAGAACAAUAAGCACACUUACUCAAAGUACAUAGACACGACUGCUGAGCUGUUGGAGGACAGGGUGUUUGUGGCCCUUUGCAUAGCUAUUUUUCUGUUUGAUAUUGGCGCGUUCCCACCUGUGCUGUUCAUGGAAGAUGUUGCCAGGAGCUCAGGCCACAGUGACGGAACUUACCUUGUACCUCUGGUUUCUAUCGUUUCUAUCAUGACAGGAGUGGGCAAGCUGGUGCUAGGUGUCCUGACAGAUUUGAAGUUUGUGAACAGUUUGUACCUGUACACUUUCACAAUACUUGGAAGUGGAAUUGCACUGCUUAUAACUCCGAUUGCAAACAACUACGCUGCACUUGCAGUACUUUCUGGGGUGUUAGGGUUUUUUUCUGGCAACUGGUCAAUUUUCCCUUAUGUGACCACCAAAAUCGUGGGGAUGGACAGACUAACACAUGCCUAUGGAAUUCUUAUGUUCUUCGGUGGAUUUGGAAUUGUACUAGGGCCCCCAGUCGUAGGCUGGAUCUAUGACUGUACAGAAUCGUACGACCUGGCAUUCUUCUUCAGCGGAGCCUGUGUGCUGCUAGCUGGAUUUAGCUUGCUGCUGGCAGCACUGCCUUGCUGGGACAAACCCAAGAAGGACCAUCCCAGACCUGAUAUCAAAUACACUAGCAACUGUGACAAAGUUGCGUCUGUAGCUUAGAUAACAUUUGAUAUACAUUUCAGGAAAGAUGAUUUUUUUUUUAUGCCAAGAACAUUGGAGCCAAUUUAGUACUGGUUUCAGAUUUUUUUUUUUUUUAAUAUAGAAAAACACUAGAUUCUACACAUGUGUCAUUUAAAACAGAAACAAGCAUGGUCCUAUUGGACUUUAGAUUUUAAAUUUGAAAUAUUUUUUCCAUAAGGGGAAGAUGUUUAUGAUCUAUUUGUCUCGUUAUAAGAGGCUUUUCUGUAGUCAUGUAUCUAUUAAGAGAUGACAACAUGUAGUAGAUUCUGUUUACUGCAAUGACUGUUUGCUGUUAUAUGUAUAUGUCAGUCUGGCCCAGAGGGAGAAGUAUGUAUGUAUAUAUAUAUAAUUAAACUGAAGCUGUAUACAUUUUUUUAAAACAGGAAUAUUGGCUAAGUAAUCCUUUACUGUCAACUAAGUGUUUUAAGUGAUUUUUGCAGAAUAAUACAAAACACCAGAACAGCCUUUAAUUGGUGAUAUUUUUAUUGACUGCCAUUGCUGCAGUUAUGCGACUGUUAAAGAAUAACAAGAGUAUGUCUUCUCGUACUGUGGAAUGUAACUAUGCACAUUCAGAAAUUCUUGUGGCUGUGCGUGCAUUAUGAAAGACUAUGUUUUUUGUUUGUUUGAUAAAAAGCUUAUGUUCCAAAAAAAAGCCCAGAAAAAAAACGUUUAUUGCUUUUGUAGCUGUGUAGCAUUUAGAUUGUAUUUGCCCAUUCUAGAUGUGUUUAAACCUGUACUUUUUUUAUUUAGCAUGUUCUAUUAUCUUUUCUUUCUUUUUUUUCAAAACAAAAUGUGCCAAAUAAAAGUAAAAAUCCUAAAUCA